AUCAACCAUGAAGACGUCCACGUCCACGCUGUACCCCAACCCCCGCGUCGCGGAGCGGGUGACGGCGUACGCGCGGCAGCACUCGACGCCGCUGCCGGCUCACAUCGUCGACUACCACGCGUGGGUCAACGAGAACCACGCGCGCGGGCGCUACAUGAUCUCCGACUUCCAGGGCCGGUGCCACGUCUUCCUGGCCCGCGCCGUCGGGGCCGCGCGCGUGCUCGAGAUUGGCGUCUACGCCGGCUACUCGGCCCUCGUGUGGGCGCACGCCGUCGGGCCCGCCGGUAGGGUGACGGGCCUCGAGUCGUCGCGCGAGUACGUCGACAUGGCGAGGCGGGCGUUUGAGCGGCACGGCGUGGGCGACGUCGUCGAGGUCAUUGAGGGGGACGCUCUCGAAACCCUCGCCAAGCUCCAGCCCGAGGAGCCAUACGACCUCAUCUUCAUCGACGCGCAAAAGUCGGGCUACCCGUCCUACCUGCGGGACAUUCUCGCCGGGUCGCCGCCGGUGGCGGCGGGGGAGGAGGAGAAGAAGGAGAAGAAGAAGACAGCGUCGCGGCUGCUGCGCCCGGGCGGGCUCAUCGUGGCGGACAACGUGCUCCGCCGCGGCCUCGUCGCCGACGACGGCGAGGACAACCCCUGGGCGGCGGGGAGAGCGGCGAGCGCCGCCCGGAGCGAGUACGAGACGGACCGCGACGUGGAGCACCUGCGCGAGUUCAACGACCUCGUGGCGGGGAGCGAGAGGCUGGAGAGCUUUCUCAUGCCGCUCUAUGACGGCGUGGGGUUGAUUCGCCUCGUUGACUGAGAGGGGACUCUGUCUUGGGGACGAGAUGCAAAUGACUUGUCUCUCGGACCUACAUGUCAAACUGCCUAGCUGCGCUCUAUGAUGGCAAUACGCGCGCCCCUGUGGCGGAUGGCGGUGCGAAACUUCAAACACCAUGUCCUUGCAGCAUCCUGCUUCUCACCGUAAUGUGUUAGUUGGCUGGUUGGUAGGCUGCCCUCAGCGUGGGACUUCAACCCGGCUCGGACCAUGACCAUUUUCAAGUAUGUUGAGGCGGGACAGGUUUGCCUGCAUACGGACUUUAUCCAGGAUAUCAUGUGUCCUGUAGUCACGUCAUCAUCACCGUUGGUGUACCCGCAAGGAGGCAUGAGAAUAUGCUCAUCGAUGCGCGCAUAGUGUGAGACAAGGCCAAACCUCAUGCAGGCCCAUGACCGGAUGCAUACGAAGUACAUACAUGCCCAAGUUCUUCCGACCGACGUCGUAGGGGUAGGGGGCGGGGAUCCAUAUAUGGGCAGAAGAUGAGACGGCGGGGAAGGAAACGAUAAGUCGUUGGCCAACGACAUGUCUUGGGCAUCAUCAAAUGGACGAAGACCGGGUGGCAUACAUAUGUUGGUUUUGGGCGGACGACCGGCAUCCUUGAUGAUACAUAUCUCGUACAUGGCCCUCAAUAUCCCUAGGUUUUGCGCGCCCCCCCCCCCGCGGGGGCGCCUGCACACCCUCGCCGAGUGGUGGCAACAUAUCACAUGAAUAAGGGGGAGAGAAGACGACAGGUCGGCUCGUACAACGACGACGAUGCGGUCGCGCGGGCCGCGCACCGUCAGCCACCAUCCAUCCAUGGGGACCCCGGGGUGGUGGUUGUUCAGUGGUCUCGGAACCGUUGUUUGCAUGGCUCCGCGAGGCUGACUGACAUGUAGGGAAAAACAGAAGAAGCAAGAAAGAAAGCAAGGACGGAAGGAAGAGCGAUUUUGUAACAUGUGAGCAUAAUGUGCUCCUGCAUUUGCGUUGUCCUGAUUGCCGUUGCGGCGUCACAACGGGGCGUCAAGGGUGUGUCUACUAAACUAACUUAUUAUACUGUACCACCAAACCUCGUCCGGCCAGCCGACGGGGUGGCAGAAUGGGACAGACAUACUGCACUGCACAAGCAUAUACAUGCACAUGUAUGCAGCGGGCAAAAGCAGGGGCAGUCCAUGUAGCAAUGUUACGACAGAAGUUUGGGAGAUAUGUAGUAGUAGU